UCGGAUAUCGCUAGGGAGUUAGCUCCGAGACUAGAGCGGUUCCUGCGGAUUUCGAGACUGGGAACAGCUGGGGAAGGUCCGCGAAAGGCGCGACGACGCCAGGCUCGCCGUUAUCCCCGCACGGUCUAGGAGAAAAAAAAAGCCUAGUGACUUCGCGCCGCGACUCCUCGACGCGUUCGCGGGACGGCCCCCUCGGCGCUCCUGCGACAUGCAGAGGAAGGACCUGGAUGGGUUGUUGGCCGUCAACGAGACGGUCCUGCGCGCAAACCUCCUCAAGGGGCCCCGGCUCACGCCGACGGGGAAAAUCAGCCACGCGAAGACCCGCGUCUAUACUCAGCGCUACCGAAAGGAAUGGGAACUCAUGCUCGACUUCAAAGGCUGGCUGACUUCUGUUCCGCUGCAGCCUACUCGUGCUUAUUGUACAUACUGUAAAAAGGAUUUACAUGCGCACCGACUCUCCUUGCUGAAACACACUUGCACCAUGAAGCAUCAGAGGUCUGCCUUGAUGCAUCAGAACGAGAUGAAUGCUUUGAAGGCAAAGCAAGAAAUGUCCAAGGUCGAGGCGAGUAUGGGUGAACAUGAUGAGAACGAAGGUCAUAUGGUUAUAUCUGGCAAAGAGGGAGAUGAGGACAAUGACGACGACAUAGAAUACGUCGUCGAGAGACUGGAUGUCGACGACGAAGAGAUAGAAGAAAUUCAGAGGAAGCACAAAGAGGAACAGGUGACCGAGGAGGAGGAAGAAGAGGAGGAAAUGCUUAGGCCAUCGGAGGAUGAAGAUAUUAAACCAUCCAUUCAAAGUAUUAAGGAAGAGAGAUGCCGAGACACAUUAGCCGAAGCUAUGGCUCACGUACAAGGGGAGUAUCUUGAGGAAACGGAUGACCAAAUGAACGUAGAACUUGUAGAAAUGGUCGUUGAAUCGACUCAAGCCAAUCAAGACCUCAUCCCCGAAGAGAGGAACGACCAUACCGACAUGGUAGUAGAAGAGGAAGAAGAAGAAGAAGAAGAGGACGAUAGGCUCGAACAACACGAGAUAUCUCUAGGAAAAAAGGAAAGCGAUGAUCAUGAAAAAUCCUUUGAGGACGUUGAAUCGAGCGAACAGGAGACGAACAUUUAUCAAUCCGUGGGGAAGACAAACACAUCCUUUAAAGUGAAUCCUGUGAACCAACAGCAAGGACUCCCUAUCUCUAUGACAUCUCUAUCAAACAAGACCAUUACGUUGACUUCUGUCGGUAAAACCUUGACACUGGCCGGAGGCAAGCUCACCCCAGGAGCUCAAUACGUUCUCGGUAAAAUGAAGGGAAAAAUGCCGACUCUUGUGAUGGCCAACCGGAAGCCGAUCACCGUUGUCAACCUAGCCGAUGUCUCACCAAAGGCUGCCCCGGUAAAGAUCGUCCAGCAACCGGUCACAACCGGACCCAUCCAACAAUCCUCCAAGAAGCAUUACUACACCGAACGGACAUUGCAACGACCUCGGCGACCCGACCAAGUGGAACUUCACGGCCGGGCGUUACAAGAUCCACUUCGACGUCGACAAGUAUUUCACUCUGAGGAGAAUAGAAACGAUGUACCCGUUCAUAGAAAUAGUCUUCGACGUAAAGAACCCGACCAAUCACUACCACAUGCCCGUCUUAUUGAGUCCCUUCGGCUACACGACAUAUCGUGGUUCGGACUGGUGAGCUUUCGGAGCUGGCCUAAUCGUAACUCCUACCCUACCUUUAUUAUCGUUAAGGUGAAUUUUAUAAAUCUGCCCUGCCUCUCGUUAGAACGUAAGGAUCAGCAUAAGCUCAUAAGCAUGCCCAGAAUCGUAGAUACAUUAUGUAUUGUACAAAUACUACAUUAACUUAGAAGACGUCAUCUAGAGACGUCGGGUACAUAUUUUUGUGAAUUACGCAUUGCCUUAAUAAAAUAACUAAAAUCGACGACUCUCCACAAUUUCACGAGAUACGGGGUAGUUCUAUGCGAAUGUGUACCGAAGAAAUUCGAUGCCGAUCUCCGUUCGAUCGAUUCGAUCCAUUAAUGCGAGUUAGAAAAUAGGCAGAGGACCGGGGCAUGGGAUUCCUGGCGAGAAAAAAAAAAA